AUACCAGGCCAUGGGGAGGAUGGGACCAUGCAUGUUCAAAUCUGCUCCUGUGCCUGAAGAGAAGGCGGGCUAGGUGUGAUGCAGAGAGAUAACCCAGAAGCCCAGGGUGUAGACGUGGCCAGAGCAAUGCGAACCAACCAACUUGUGAAAUAUAUCUUGUUUAUUUCUUGUUACCUCUUCUGGGUGGCCAGUGGUCUCAUGAUAGCUGUGGGUCUAUAUGCAAAGCUCUCCAAAGAAUCAGGUGUUGUGGAUUCUCUUCUGGCAGAGCCCUCUCUCAUCGUCAUCAUCGUUGGGGUCUUCACAUUCACUAUUACCCUUUGUCGGUUGCAUGGAGCCCUCAGGGCAUACUCCCCUGCUGCUGGAAAAUGGCAGGCUCAGAGUUGGGGAGAAGAUGGUACCUUCCUUGGGGGGCACCUGCCUCCCCUGCAGUCCAGCUGCUGGGCCUCCUUCACUAUUUUUGCUGUGAUGUUGCUGCUGAUCUUCGUGCUCCAGAUCGUGGCUGUGGGAGUGGCCUUUCUCUUCUCUCUGCAGGUGAUGGAUAAGGCUGCAUUCUUCAUGGGAAAAGCCGUAGCCAGCUACCGGGAUGAUCUGGAUUUACAAAAUCUCAUUGACUACAUACAGAAGAAGUUUGAGUGCUGUGGAGUGCGUUCCUACACAGACUGGGCCCAGAAUGAAUAUUUUGACUGUAGCAUCUCCAAUCCAAGCCUGGAACGUUGUGCCGUCCCUUUCUCCUGCUGCGUCCCAGAGAAGGAACAGAAUGUUCUUAACACCAUGUGUGGCUAUGGAGUCCAGAAUCUGAAAGCCUGGAAGGCAGAAAGCUUGAUCCACACAGAAGGCUGUUUGGAGAAGAUAGUCUCUUGGGGACGGAAUAACCUAUAUCUGAUUGCUGGAUUGGCCCUGGGCCUUUUGGCAAUGGAGGUUGUUGUCUUCUCUUUGGCUGUGACACUGAUUUACCAGAUCAGUUUUAUAAUUCAGAAGAGAACCAACACGAAGAGAGAAUUGGGCCAGAAAGAGGAGAACUCAGGGCUCGAUUCAGGCCUGGUUAGGGAGGACUGUAGAUGAAGAACAGGAGAGGCAGCUGAUCAAACAGAAACUCCUUGGGAAAUCUGAGGAGCCACACUGAACUAGGACCAUCACCCAGGAAUGACUCACGGACAUCUGGAAUGCAACAGAUGUUCCUCCCAGUCAGUCCUCGUGCAUCUUGAGGAGAAAGAAUUAAGAAUGAGAAAACCUGGGUUUGAGUCUGGGGUCAGCCACUAACUUAUAAAUCACAUCCCCUCUUUGGGCCUCAGGUUUUCUUUCUAAAAUUCAAUUUGAUUUCAUUUUUCCAUCCCCUGUUCUCUCCCCUACUUUCCAGCCCCCCACUUGGAGGAAGCAAGGCAAAAAAAAAAACUCAUGACAAACAUACAUAGUCAUACAAAACAAAUUGCUGUGUUACAGGCUUUGGUUUGUGUUGGACAUGGGUCUCUCC